AUGUCCACAUACAAGUACUUAUUCAAAUUUAUCAUAAUUGGGGAUUCAUAUGUUGGGAAAUCAUGUCUUGUUUAGUAGUUUUUACAUGAGAGGCCUAGACAAGAGCAUGAAGCAACAGUGGGAAUUGAAUUUGGUGUUAAGGACAUCAAUCUCUCUGGCUCGAUUAUACGUCUCUCUAUAUGGGAUACUGCGGGACAGGAGACAUUUCGAUCUCUCAUUCGUGCAUACUACCGAUCUGCUAUAGGGGUGCUCCUUUGUUACGAUUGUUCUAGCACGCAAUCAUUUAAUGGAGUCGAAAAGUGGGUGCAAGAAGUGAAUGACAAUGGCAAUGAGAAUGUUGUAAUUGCACUCGUCUGCAAUAAAAUUGAUUUACAAGAUCGAUAAGUGUCAUCCGUCCAAGGGAGACAAUAUGCAGUUGACCAUGGUUUCCUCUAUGCUGAAGUUUCUGCUCUCAAUGGAGUUGGCGUUUAACAACUCUUCCGAGAUUUGUCCCUCGAAAUCAUAAGGCGAAUAGACAGUGCAGCCAUCGUCUUGGGAAAGCAUCUAUAAGGGAUUGUGAUUGGAGAGGCAAACCUGUCUCCUACAAAACAUAUAAUCACUUUGGAAUUGGAUGAGGCUCAAUAAUAGAAGAGUCAGAAGAAAAAGACCUGUUGUUGA